GACCAUCCAAACCGUCCAUCAUCUUGGGCAACUCAUACGGCACUUGACUUCAUUCCGUCUAGAGGAAUGGCUUCGCAGGUCUUGCAGGGCUAACACUCAUAAGAUGCUCACGCGAUGGGGCGCCGAGCGUACCUGAAUCGACUGGCUUUGGGGCGGUCACCCUACGAGGCCCCUGAUCGUUCCACAGGCUCCGCAGCAAACCAUGAACCUGUUUCUCACAGGAGAGUAUCGGCUCUGCAUGCGGAUGACUAUGUCCAGCAUUAUGAUGAGAGGGGCCAUCCCAUUAAUCCAGAGUCCAAGUCUUUUGGCAGAGAGCUAAGAAGAGCCAAAAAUGACGUCCUAUCCACGAUGGGAAUCGUUGUCAGUGAAGAGGGCAACAUGGGCGGCCCUACUGAACAACAAAAGAUUGACAUGAUCGCGGCUGAGAAUGACUAUGGCUUGGUCAUGGCUACUCUAGACCAGAUCUCAGUCUUUCUUGGCUCCUGGUGGACUUCCUCCCUAAUGGGUCGGAUACUGACUUUCAAAAGUUACACGCACGUUCCCUUGCUCAGUAUGAUACACCAAGAGCGUACGAGGCACGGGAUAAUGGGAUUCUACUUCGCGGGUAUUCCAGCCUGGGCAGUCUCAACAUGCUUAUCCUUUCUUCGACAUCAUCCGCUGGAUCGCUUGAUUGCGGCCUGCCAAGAUCAUUUCCCAAACGAUAACGUGCUGUCAAGGCUUGUACGAGCCACUUUGAACAUAUUACAUUCGGCAACUCGAGGAAGCCUACUUGUCCUGGCUAUUCAAACUUACAUGUACUCCUUGUUACAGUCACUUCACCUCGUUCAUCCUUACUCUCUAGUAGGGUUAAGGGCUCUGCUGCCUUUCGGUGAACAUGCUCCGAUGCAACUUCCCAUGCUACCAAGUGACCUUUCGCUUCGUUCUAUGACCGGGUUUUUGACAAAUGCCCUAAGAACACCCUCGCUUCUUGUUUACAUAUAUGUGUACCUACGCCCAGUCGUCGAGAUCAGGCUCUAUCGCCUGAUUCGACGAAGGUUGCCGAAGCCCGUCUAUGCAGACGAUCUUUCGGUCAAAGUGGCCUAUGAUAAUGACCUUGUUGACUGGAUGAUGCCAGCUCUUGGUCGUCGAGCCGAGGAAGAGAAUCGUCGCAGCAACCUUACAUUCAUAGAAGACUUGGCCUACGAAGCCAACUUCUUCCGGACGUGGAUCCUAUCUUGGUUUGGCUUCAAGACACCACUGAUAGGGUCUAGCCCAGAACAUGCGCCAGAGGCGCUUCGUCGAAGAGCACAGAUGGAAGCAGGAUCAUCAGGCGCGCAGCUGUCACACGACGAGCGCCAAACACAAAACACUUCGCAGAGCAGACAAGAAUUGGACACUGAACAAGCGCGACGGUCUGCCGCUCCUCGAUCUUCCGUUCCUGGCGGCACCCUAAGUUCAGAUGCCGUCUUCAGCGAGACUCAGGUGCUUUCGAAUGAAGAGAACAGAAUGUCUCUAUCUCCAACAGAAAUGAGCAGCGGUGAUUAUGCGGACAUGGCGCCAUUGAGACGGGCGAUGGCCUUACCCCUAGAGGAAGAUCAGAAUAAUCGGUCUUUGCCGCGCGGCGAUCAUGCUGCUGAGGCACCGAGAAUGUCGCGGUCGAGUACGCUUCUUUCCCGUCCCUCAUCGUCUGCUACCUCUUCUCCAGCUUCGCCCCUCGUCCGUGCGUCGCUGAUACAUCAGAACUCCGACGUCAUCACGAUGCAGCUAGAAGUGUUAGGGAACCGUCAUGAGCACAACGCUGGUACAGAAGAACCAAGGGCCAGCAACAACCCUGGCCAGUCACAGUCAAACGGAGGGCCUGUCAAUAACCAGGCGAUCUCAAAUCUGCUUGACGAUCUGCUAGCGAAUCAGGGCAUGAAUCUAGCCACCAUUGUCAACACAGAUGCUCUAGACAGCGAUGGACUUUCUAACAUGACCCAAGGCAUAUCUCCAGGAUCUGUAGAGGUAGCAGCAGUAUCUGCGGAGAACGCUCAAGUACAAAGUCCGGGGGCAAAUACACGCCCUGUCGGAAUUCCCACAACGAACUUUCAGAAUGCAUUGCCAGAUAGCACAGGGACACCGGAUCAGACCGCUAUGCCUCAGCGACCAUCUGAAGUUGCUCAGACGUCUGCGGAUAAUGUCAGCUCUGGAGCUCCUCCACAUGCUUCUGAUGGCCGGGCACCACAAACUUCAAUCGCCGACCCUCAUCCUAUCGCCCAUCGAGUCACAAUUCUGUCGUCGCAUCCCAUUGAUUCCCUAGCCUCUCAUCUAGCCUCCAUAAUCACGACUUUGAUGUUCAUUCCUCUCGAAUCUCUUUAUCUCCGCUCACUUGCAUCCUCUUAUCUAUCAGUUACAGAUGCCCCCGCUGCUCUCCGGUCAGAUGUUCACAGCAUGGGAUUCUGGGCUAGUGGCGGUUCGCGAUCCAGUACGCUUAUGUACUUUGGCAAAGUUGCGUUGAUGAUGGGAGUGCAAACGGCCGUGAAUGCUAGUGUGUGGGGCAUCAUCUCCGGUGCUGCCAUCAGAGUUGGGAGAAAGUAUUGCGGUUGGGGAUCAUUAUGAGCAUGUGUAAUAUAAUUUAUUUACCCAAAUUUCAUGGCCAAAUUGCUCUCAUGCUUGAAAGAGCCUUUGCCUUUUGGUCCACAAUCUUACUUAUGUGCGAACCCACACAGGCA